UUGAAUUUUUGCUACUUUGAACAUUUUUUUGUCCUCGUUUGAGUCUGGUCCCUCACAGUUGGUGUCAGAAGUGGGAUCUUUUUCCAAAAUGCCUGGAAAGGGAAGAGGACGAACAAGAGGAGAACCCGGUUCUGAGCUGGAUGAAAGAGUGGCUGUUGAGGAAGGUGGAGCUGUUGGUGGAGUGUUUGACAUGGAAGAGGAGAGCGGUGAACCAACACUAGCAGACUUGGCCAACCUUCUGAGAGCCCACAUGGGACAUCAGAAGGCCAAAGAGGAUCACUGGACCAGAGAAACUGCUAAGCAACAACAGAAAUUUGAUGAACUACAACAACAGUUCAGAUUGUUUAAAAGGGAGAGCCAAUCUGAGACCACUCCCACUGCUCCACAGACCUCACCAGUGCGGCCUACACAACCACCAGAUCCUGGAGUGGCAGCUUCACCUCAACAUAGUCAAUCAGGUGACCUAUAUUCACAGGGGUAUGUUUCUCAUGCACCUAAAUUACAAAAAUUGAGUGAAGAAGAUGACAUUGAACAUUUUCUCAUUACUUUUGAAAGAAUAGCUUCUGCCUGCAGGUGGCCAAAAACUGAUUGGGCUUUCCAUUUAAUACCUCUGCUAACAGGCAAAGCUAGAAGUGCCUUUGUGCACAUGGAUGUUGAUUUGUCUAUGAACUAUGAUCAAGUUAAAUUAGCUGUUUUGCAGAAGUAUGACAUUAACAGUGAAACCUACUGGCAAAGAUUCCGCUUGCUUCAGGUGGAGCCAGAAGAAACUCCAAAGGAGCUCUACAUAAGGCUGAAGGAGUUGUAUAUCAAAUGGGUGCAAACUAACGGUAAAACAGUUGAACAAAUCAAUGAAAUAAUGAUUCUUGAACAAUAUUUAAGAAUGUUGUCACCAGAACUUCAGGUUUGGAUAAAAGAACAUAAUCCAAAGACUGCAAAGGAGGCUGCUGAACUGGCUGAUGUGUUUGUGGCUGCGAGGAGGAGGAACUCUUGGGCUUUUCAAAGCUGGAAAAAAGAUGGCUGCCAUCAAUCUCCAGCCCAACCAGUUUCAGCUGUGGGUAAGCUACCUGAAAGAGAGAGAUUUGGCUCAAAGGGUCAAUGGAAAAAACCCACUUGUUACUUAUGUGGACAGGCGGGUCAUACUAAACCAAUGUGUCCUCAAAAUGCUGUUAAGUUGUCCCAGAUGUGUUUUGUGCCCAGGAAAGAGGCUCAAAAUGUUGGAGCAAUGGAUCAAUUAAUGGAGACCUUUGUGGAGCUCAACGGUCAGGCACUGAGGGCCCUGAUUGAUACAGGGAGUACACGGACUUUGGUCCAGCACAGGUACAUCUCACCCCAGCUUGUUUGCACCAGUGAGACCGUUCCAAUCUGCUGCGUCCAUGUUGACAGAAAACAAUAUCCAACAGCAGAUGUUUAUGUGACUAUAGAAAGACAAACUUACCUGCUUAAUGUUGGGGUAGUAGAUAACUUGCCAUUUCCAGUAAUUCUUGGCAAUGACCUGCCAGUGCUGACUGACCUGUUGAAUUCUCCUCAGUGUAAUGUUGCUCUAACUCGAGCCCAAGCAAAGCAAUCUGAGGAUAUUGUUUUCGACCUCAGUACCUUACCAUUUCACAAUGUGGAGUUUUUCCCAGAGGACACUAAAGACAGGAAAUCCAAAAGACUACGGAGAAGGGAAAAGUUUCAAGGGACGGUGAUUGUUCCUUCUGAUGCACCAGAGCCUGAGGUACAGCAAGACUUCAAAAUCCCUGGUAAUAUAUUGGAGCUGCAGCACAAGGAUUCAAGUCUUGUGAGAUGCUUUACAGAAGCCAAAGUCAAUAAAAAUGAUUUUGUCAUUCAAAAUGACAUUCUUUACAGACAAAAUGGGCCAAUUAAACAGCUUGUGGUUCCCAAAGCAGUUAGAGAAACUGUUUUGAAGUUGGGCCAUUCAAUUCCCUGGGCUGGCCACCUGGGGAAGCAUAAGACCUUAGCCCGUAUAAAGCGCUGUUUUUUUUGGCCUGGCUUGCGUAAAGAUGUUGUGCAGUUUUGCAGGAGCUGUCCAGAAUGCCAAAUGACAUCGGCUAGACUCCCUGGCAAAGCUCCUCUCCAACCGCUUCCAGUUCUGAGUACACCAUUUCAACGCUUGGGUAUGGACAUAGUGGGCCCGGUUGAAAGGAGUAAAGGAGAUGAGGGAGAAGCUGGAGAGGAUGACAACCCUGGCCCAGGAGCAUGUGAAGACUUCUCAACGCAAACAGAAGGCUUGGUAUGACUCUGCAGCCCGGGAGAGAGGGUUCGAGCCAGGCCAGAAAGUGCUUGUUAUGCUGCCUUCAGAGGACAGUAAGCUACUGGCCAAGUGGCAAGGACCUUAUGAGGUACUGGAGAAACUGGGACCAACAACAUACAAAGUCUCUGUUCCAGGUAAAAGUCGCUCUACUCGCAUUCUCCAUGUAAACCUGCUGAAACGGUGGGUGUCCCGGGGCCAAGAAAAACCUGCCUCCUUUUACAUCCGAAGUGUAGAUGAUGAAGAACCGGAGGAGCAAUAUUUUCCUGUUCAAUCAGCCUCCAAGCCCAGUUUGGAUCAUCUAUCAGAAGAUAAACAGUCAGAGGUGAGGACUGUCUGGCCAUUGAGUGUGUUCCAGGAGAAUCCAGGUUACACUGAUGUGAUAACACAUGACAUUACAUUAAAAGAGGAUGCUGCUCCAAAACGACUGAGCUAUCGCAUACCCGAGAGACUUCUCGAACCACUUAAAAGGGAAGUUGAGUUAAUGCUUUCCCUUGGGAUUAUUGAGGCAUCACAGAGCGAGUGGUGCAAUCCAAUUGUUCUUGUCCCUAAAAAGGAUGGAACACUAAGGUUUUGCAUUGACUUUCGCUAUCUAAAUUCAGUCUCAAAAUUUGAUUCUUAUCCAACACCACGAAUUGAUGAUCUUAUUGACAGACUAGGCAAAGCAAAAUAUCUCACCACCAUUGACCUUU